CCAAAUAAAUGAAAGGCGCUCCUCCGGCUCUCCAAAUGGGAAUACAAGUUGCAUUAGGUAAUAGUUGGCUAAUAAAUCGUGCCAGAGUUCAAAGUUCUGUCUUUGUCGUUUCUAUCAGAAACUCAUGAGGUGGCUGUCAGACGCAUGGAAAUGAGGUCCGCUCUUGUAAACAGCGAGUCGACUUUGUCAAAAGUUCACCAGCUCUUCAUUCGCGGAUCGGCGGGACGUCCCUUCUUUCCAGCUACCUACGUCGACGACUGAUCUGAAUUCCCCAUCCGCUGAGACAUACGAGUGGAGUCUCAUUGGGUAGGCGUUUUCUCUCCCGGAAAGUGUAGUUUAGUGUGUUCUCCGUGCACCUUGCGCAUCGUUUCAGCUCCAAGGACGCGAGCUGAACAUGGCCUUUCACCCGAGCGCGUCCGAGAGACAAGAAGAAGCAUCAAACUCUUUAAUAAUGAAUGAGCUGGAUCGGCUGGGUGCUGCUGAUACCUACGCCUGUCCGACCACUGAGCUCAGUAAGGCAGUGUCGGUGUCUUUGGGCUUGGAUUCGGUGUCAUCUCCGCUCAGCAACAUGAACCAGUGCUCCAGCAGCGCGUACGCAGAGUGCGACCCCACUGUGGGAAGUAGUUCCCGAGGAGUGCCGGAGUUAGGGGCGGCUGGAAACAUGAACUCAGACGGCGACAGGCAGUUUGUGCGCGACAGCAGCCUCCGAGAGGAUGACUUUGGAGAAGUGUGUCACGGCAUACAGCAGGUGAGCUGCAUGGAUCUGUUCCGAUCGGGCGACAUGGACAGCGCGCAAAAUGUGACGCGUGGCUCGGUGAUCUCCAGAUAUGUCAGGAAGGAGUCAAACUUGUUUAUGAGCCCGCUGGCGGAGCUGCCCGCGGCCGAACAGGUGAACGAGGUCCUGCCUUUGAAGCCGUAUUCAGCCUACUCUGUCAGCCCCAGCCUGUACAGAGAUGCCCCGGGUGCGUGGUGCGCAAAUGAGCGCGCAUACGGCGACAGCUCCGAGCCGCAGGGAGGCGUAUCCGGCGGACAUAAUUUGUUGUGUAAAUAUUGUAAUUGUGGGCAAACCUCCCUCGGAUCCAGGCAUGAAUGCCGCUGUGUUUGGUACAGCGCGGGUGAGCAGGGUGGCAGAGGUGCCAUGCGAGCCGCGAUGGCACAAGGGUACGGCCAAGUGGAAAGUUACCCCGGCGCAAUUCCUCAAAGGCAAACCACUUUUUCCACCAUCAAGACCGAGCCUUCAGGCUGGGUGGAUUGCACAGAUCGUCCUUUGAGGCAUGAUGAUUUUUUCCCAGGUGUGUACCUCUCAGACAGGAGAGUGUGCCAGGUGUGUGGUGAUGAUGCCUCCGGUUGUCACUAUGGCGCAGUCACCUGCGGCAGCUGCAAAGUGUUCUUCAAGAGGGCGGCUGCAGGUAAGCAGAACCACUUGUGCGCCAGCCGGAAUGAUUGCACCAUUGACAAACUGAGGAGGAAAAACUGUGCCUCAUGUCGCCUAAAGAGGUGCUUCAUGUCGGGAAUGAGCCUUAAAGGUCGUAGGCUGAAAGGUGCUGGACAGACGAGAAACGGCGAUGAAGAGCACCAGCCGGCUGCCUGGGGGCACGGAGAGAAAGAAGAGAGGGCAGGGAGGAAAGAUGCAGCCAUGGAGCCCAGAAAUGCAUCCGCUAAUGCUCAAGCAUCCCAGGCCCUGGUUCUUGCCAUCCCCCCGACCAUGCGCUCCUGCUUGUCCCUGCUCAGCAUCCUGCAGGCCAUCGAGCCAGCCGUGGUGAACGCCGGACACGACCCUGCCCAGCCAGACAGCCCCGCGUCCUUGCUUACCAGCCUCAACGAACUGGGGGAAAGACAGCUGGUAACCGUGGUGCGCUGGGCCAAGGCCAUACCAGGGUUUCGCGACCUGCACGUGGAUGAUCAGAUGUCAGUGAUUCAGUUGUCGUGGAUGGGGGUGAUGGUGUUUGCUUUGGGCUGGAGGUCCUACACCCUUACUAACAGCUCCAUGCUCUACUUUGCUCCAGAUCUGGUCUUUAAUGACCAGCGGAUGCAAGUAUCCAGUAUGUAUGAACACUGUGUGAGGAUGAAGCUGCUCUCCCAGAGGUUCUGCAUGCUGAAGAUUACCCAGGAGGAGUUCCUCUGCAUGAAGGCCCUGGUCCUCUUCAGCAUCAUGCCGGUGGAGGGCCUGAAGAGCCAGCGCUGUUUUGAUGAACUGCGGACCUCCUACAUCAAGGAGCUGGACCGCUUGGCCAGCCACCGCGGAGAGACCACCCGUACACAGAGACUGUUUCAGCUCACGCAGCUGCUGGACUACCUCCAGUCGGUUGUGAGGAAGUUGCACCAGUUCACGUACGAUCUCUUCAUCCAAGCUCAGUCCCUGCAGACACGCGUCAGCUUCCCGGAGAUGAUUUCGGAGAUCGUGAGCGUUCACGUGCCCAAGAUCCUGUCCGGCAUGGUCAAGCCCAUCCUGUUCCACAACACGUCCUAGAGAGUCUCAUUGAUUGUCCUUAACGUGCACCUUUGUUUCCUUUUGAGUAAAGCUGAAUUGGCUGGAGAUGGUUUAUGAUUUUAUGAAGUGAAAGAAGCCUGUCUUGACACCGCACAGGGAGGCUAUGAGUGGAUACUUACAGAAGGGAAGGCAGCACAUUCUUCCAGGCUAAUGUAAUCUAAUUACAUCUGCUCUGUUCUUCUUACUGCCUGUUCACUGUAUCAUGCACAUCAGAUGUUUUUUGGAGCUGAUUAAAACACUUGCAUGCAUUCCUCCCCUCCCUCCCCUCCACGAUACAAACCUGCUGGCAUGUAGACUUCUUCAGCUCUUCAUAUUGAUCAUUGACAACAGGCAAUAUUUCAUUUUGAGAGGGAAAGACAGUAGUGACAAAAGCAUAUUUGCAGAGUUCACAUCCUCAUAGCUUGUCUGUGUGCUGUACUAUGACAUUUAAACUAGCUUUUUUCACAAUGAAUGUUAUUGUGUGCGCCUGAGAUGAUUGACAGUUAAUAAUGGUUGUGACAUGCAUGCUAAGAAGCGCAGCUAUCUCGCCUGAAGGCAUAUAAAUACAUUUUUGAAAGCUGUUGUCAUCCAUUAGAUUAAUGUUUGACUAAUAGUUUAUGUGUUGUCAUAAUAAACACAGUCCUAAAGUGCAAGUGACUGCAGUAAUGCAAAUUUCGUAUGUAUAUUUAUGACUUUUUGAUGUCCAAAGGUCACCCCAGCAGCAAUGAGGAAGGAAGCUGAACAAAAUAAGCCAGUGACUCAUUAGUGAACUAACACCAAGGGUGUCUUGUUUUCGAGGUUUUUCGAGUGCCAAACAUUAUUGAAGUACAGUUUUUUCCAGAGUGCGCAUUUCAUACUGUUGUAACUUUUCUACAGUUUCUUAAAAGUGUUCUUUGCAAUUGCCUUGUCGUGUGUCAUGUAAUGGUUGUAGCUUAGUACAGUUUUGCUAAAGUCCAGUUAGGAAUCUGCUCAUUUUGUUUCAACAUUUGCAGCUUAAUAAAAUGAAAUAAAACGGAA